GGCUUGUUUUGUACGUUUACGGACGGUUUCGAGUUUCGAGACCGGUUAUUUUACAAAUUUGGCCAGAUUUUCCGUUCAAAAGUGUUUAAUUUUGUGCAUUCUGACUAGCCAUGGCCGACGCUCACAAGCGUAAAAAGGAAUCCGAUGUUUCGGGACCGGUUCGGGGCUCUCCGGUGAAGCGUCCCCGGCUGGAGGACAUCGGGCCGGAGGAUGACGACGAGGACGAGCAGAAGCCGAAGGUGAAGGUCGAUCCGGCGCAGGCGGCGAACCGGUCCAAGCAGUGCCCGUAUCUGGACACGAUCAAUCGGCAUCUGCUGGACUUUGACUUUGAGAAGCUGUGCUCGGUGUCGUUGACCCGGAUCAACGUGUACGCGUGCCUGGUGUGCGGCAAGUACUUUCAGGGGAGGGGGACCAACACCCACGCUUACACGCACUCGGUGGCGGAGGCUCAUCAUGUGUUUUUGAAUUUGCAAACGUUGAAGUUUUACUGUUUGCCGGACAAUUACGAGAUUAUCGAUUCUUCGCUGGACGAUAUCAAGUACGUGCUGAAUCCGGUGUUCAGUCAACGGGAUAUACGGAAUUUGGACAAGGAGGACCAGAAGAUGUCGCGGACGGUGGACGGGACGAUUUAUGCGCCGGGAAUCGUGGGCAUGAACAACAUUAAGGCGAACGAUUACUGUAACGUGAUUCUGCAGUCGCUGUCGCACGUGAAGCCGAUUCGGGACUUUUUCCUGAUUGAGAAGAAUUACGCCAACACCAAGAGACCGCCGGGAGACACGGCUUUCACGCUGGUUCAACGGUUUGGGGAGUUGCUGAGGAAGUUGUGGAAUCCACGCAACUUCAAAGCCCACGUUUCGCCCCACGAAAUGCUCCAGGCCGUGGUGCUGUGGUCCAGCAAGAAGUUCCAGAUCACCGAACAAGGCGACCCGAUCGAAUUCCUCUCCUGGUUCCUGCACAGCCUGCACAAACAACUCCGCGGCAACAAACAGCCCAACUCUUCGGUCGUCAACCGAACCUUCCUCGGCGAGAUGAAGAUCUACACCCGGAAGCUGCCCCCAACCGAGCUGGACGACGUCCAGAAGCAGCUGCUGCUCGCGACCGACGAGUACCAGGAAAAAUCCGAAACUUCGACCUUUCUCUAUCUGACGUGCGAUCUGCCCGCGACGCCCCUCUUCAUCGACGAGUUCAGGGAGAACAUCAUCCCGCAGGUCAACCUGUACCAGCUGCUGGCCAAAUUCAACGCCGUCUCCGAGAAGGAGUACAAAACGUACAAGGAGAACUUCCUGAAGCGCUUCGAGAUCACGCGCCUGCCCAAAUUUGUCAUUUUAUACAUCAAGCGGUUCACCAAGAACACGUUCUUCCUGGAGAAGAACCCGACGAUCGUCAACUUCCCGGUCAAAAACAUCGACUUUGGCGACAUCCUGACGGAGGAGAAUAAGCGCGCCCACCGCUUCACCAAGUACAACCUGGUGGCGAACAUCGUGCACGACGGCGAGCCCAAGUCCGGCACGUACCGGUGCCACGUGCUGCAGAAGAGCACCAACCAGUGGUACGAGAUGCAGGACCUGCACGUGACGAGCAUCCUGCCGCAGAUGAUUACGCUGACGGAGGCGUACAUUCAGAUCUACGAGCAGCAGGAGGAGGAGGAUGAGGGUGAAGGGGAAGAAAUUCAGGAUGUGCCGAUGGCGGCCGCGGAUGGCAAGCAGCAGUAGGAGGUUUUUUAGGUAAUUUCCCUAUUUUUUCUUAGUUUUCAUUUCACUUGUUGUUCGGCAGUUUUCUUGCAGUGCCGAUUGUGUUGGUUCUAAAAAUAAGGUUCAAUAAAUUGUUCACUUUAAUGGAGUACCCGAUUCGAGUGGUAGUUUGACUGUUCGCUCCAAAGGAAUACAUUGUUCACUACCAAUCGCGUCGGGUACUCAAUUAGAU